CUGGGAGGAAUUCUUCUGGUUUAGCCCUGGGCGCUGACGGGGACGGCGAUGGCGGCGCCAGGUGUGCUGUCUUUGCUGAGGCGCUGCGGGAAGCUAAGAUGGAAUAUUCCUCGGUAUACAGAUCUUUGGAUGACUCAGCCCUGUGUCUUUAAAUCUUCCAAAUCAAAAGCUUUACCAAACCUAGCCAAAAAUGAUGUGAGUUGUGCUCCACUUCAGACAUUUACGGAAGAGGAGAUAAUGAUUAAAGAAAUGGUAAAAAAGUUUGCCCAAGAACGAGUUGCACCAUUAGUACAAAAAAUGGAUGCUGAUGCAAAAAUGGAUGAAUCGUUACUACAAGAGCUAUUUGAACAAGGGUUAAUGAGCAUUGAUCUUGACUCAGAAUAUGGCGGAAAUGGAUCUUCUUUUUUUUCCGCCAUUCUGGUGGUUGAGGAAUUAGCCAAGGUGGAUCCAUCUGUAUCACUUGCGUGUGAACUCCAGAAUACAUUCAUCAAUAAAAUGUUUGCAACGUAUGGCACAGAAGAACAAAAAAAGGCCUAUUUGCCCAAGCUGGCAAAAGACAUGAUGGGCAGCAUCUGCCUUACAGAGCCGGGAUCUGGCAGUGAUGCAUUUUCCUUGAAGACUCGUGCUGAGAAGCAGGGGGACAACUAUAUCAUCAAUGGAUCAAAGAUGUGGAUUAGCUUCGCUGAACAAGCAGGAGUGUUUUUGGUGCUGGCAAAUGCAAAUCCUUCUGCGGGUUAUAAAGGAAUUACUUGCUUCAUAGUAGACCGUAGCACAGAAGGCCUACAUGUAGGAAAGAAAGAGGAUAAGCUGGGAAUCAGAGCAACAUCUACAUGUCCUGUAACAUUUGAAAAUGUAAAGGUUCCUAAGAGCAAUAUCCUGGGGCAGCUUGGGCAGGGCUAUAAGUACGUAAUUGAAAUGCUCAACACAGGAAGAAUUGGGAUAGCUGCGCAGAUGCUGGGAUUAGCACAGGGGUGUUUUGACUACACAGUUCGAUAUACAAAGGAGAGGAAACAGUUUGGAAAAAACCUAUUUGAUUUUCAGGGAAUGCAACAUCAGAUUGCUCACGUGCUUGUACAGAUAGAAGCUGCAAGACUGCUAACCUAUAAUGCAGCCCGACUUGCAGAAACUGGGAAGCCAUUUAUAAAAGAGGCAAGCAUGGCCAAGUAUUACACAGCGGAGGUUGCAACUGUAACAACAAGUAAGUGUAUUGAAUGGAUGGGUGGAGUUGGCUUCACGAAAGAUUAUCCUAUUGAAAAAUAUUACCGGGACUGCAAGAUUGGCACCAUAUAUGAAGGAACUUCAAAUAUCCAGUUGAACACGAUUGCAAAAUGCAUUGCUCAAGAAUACUGAAAUUCAACAGAUUUAAUGACUGUUACAGUGAUUACUUUAUAGAAAGUUAGAAACAGCUUGCCUUCCUGAUGGGAUCAUGGGUUACCUCUUUAUUUCCAAGUUCUAAGACAAAAAAGGCCAAACGGUAGUAAUUUUAAAUCCUUGUACUAUAUUGCAGUAUAAGCAACCGCAAUGCACCAAUAAUGCACUGUAGCACUUCUUAAAUGUUUCCAACUAUAAUGAAACAGGGAGUUAUUACCUCACCUCCCCCUUGCUUUUUUUUUUAUUUAGGUGCUUUUGUACCCACAUGCUAGGAGACUGUAGAACUACUAACUUCAGUUGAUUCUGGGCUGGUGAAACAAACCAAGGCUGUUCUGCUUUACCAUAUGGUCUCCUUGAGCCUUUGCAUCUGCUUUAAUUUGGGGUUUGUUAAAAUAAACACAAAAAACUUUAAAUAUAAAUUGUGAUAAAUAACUAAACUUCCAAUCAAAUAUUUAAUCAAAUAUCCAAUCAAAUUUUAGAGAAUGGAAUCUCUAAAAUUCUAUUACAUUAGAAAGCCGUAAUGAAGCCAUGUUCAAAACACUCUGCAACACUUGCAUGUCAGUGGACUAUGCUAAUAUUGAGAGUAAUAUUGACUAAAAAGGAUGAUAAUCUCCCAAAUAAUUAGGGGUUGAAAUGGAGUAGAUAUUUCCCCAUAAUUGUUAAGAUGGAAACUAGAGGAAACUGAUAACGUGCCUUUCAUAUAGAGUUCCUGAUGGUUAGGAUGGUAUCCAAAGUCCACAGAACAAUAUUACUCCCUGUUUUGUCCUAGGCAUCCUGUGUAAAUGUGUGCAAUUCUUGGAGCCAGCAAUAAUCUAAAUAUUUGUUUCUGAAUAAACCUGUUAAUUUUGGCAUAUAAAGUGUUACAGUAUGUCCUGGAAUAGAUUAACUGGGUGCAGACAGGAAGCUUUCCUCUCAGAAUACUUUUGUUCAAGGUGAUUUACAGCUCAGUACUUAAGAUUUGGAGCACUAGGGCAUAAAAGAGUAAAAUAGUGUAUACCAGCAUCUGGGCUACCAUGGUUUUAUGAAACAGUGUGCAUAAAUAUUGCCUGCAUUGUAAACAUUUAGGUAAGUAAAGGGUGCAAGUUCCACUGAGAUCAGUGGGGUAUAUCAGUUUCGAUUAAAAACCCUUUGUCUUAAUUGGUUUAUAGAAUGCAACUUUAAUUCUUGUGCCUCAGUCCUUCCUUUCCCCAGAUAUGUAAAGUGUGAUCUCCUUGCUUCCUUGCCUCAGUGGGUGGAAUUGUUGCCGACAAGCACACGGAACUGAGGUAUUGGUGUCUGGUUCAAGGAGUGCCAUAUUUGAAACUUGAAUGCCCAUGUGCCUCUUGCCAUGUGUAUGUAUCACAUUUGGUGUUGUACAUGCUACAUUUGCACAGACCAUUUUAUUAGUGCAGGAAAAUGGUCAUUUGAGAAGUGCCCCUCUGUAACACAAGAGACAAGCCCAGUGCAGACAAGGGGGAAACAUGACUCAGCCGGAAGUAGGGGGCAAGGAUUGCAGACACGGCUACACAGUCAUUACCAUGCCCAGGGGGUGGGGUGGGAAGAUGAUAAUACAAAUAUAUUUCCCAGUUUUUAUAUGGAGUGUCUAGUCCUUGUCAGAUUUUCUGGAAUUAAUCAGAAGUAGUAUUAAAACAUGACAUACUGGCCCAGGCCUUCUUUCAGAAGACAGUGAGAGUGAGAAAGCACUCAGAUGAAAUUCUGGGACAGACUUCUCCAACCUCGUGCCCUCCAGAUGUUUUGGGCGACAACUCUUGGAGUUCCUGACCAUUGGUCAUGCUGCCUGGGGCUGAUGACAGUUGAAGUCCAAAACAUCUGGAGGGCACCAGGUUGAGGAAGGCUGCUCUAGGACUUCCCAAGUGCCCCUCCCUCUGUGACAUCUCAAGAACGACACAUUCCAGAUUGCAUUGUGCCUGCUGGUAUUUUCUAUGAAUGGGCUGGAGGAGUUGUUGUUGGAGUCCAGCAGCAGGAGGAGGCCAAACAUGAGCAUGCAAUAAAUCACUCGUGUAGGGAAGCUCCGUUUCUCUUGCUCUUUUCUCUCUGUUUCUCUUUCCUUUUUGUAGAUGUGAAUAUGGAUGGUGGCCCUGUAUCACAAUCACAAGAUGACAUUCUUUAGUUGGAAAAUGACAAGAAUUUGAGAUUGUCACCUUUCUCACCUAUUCCUGUGUUCAUUUUGUACAUCAAGCUGCUGCCAAAGGGUUCAGAAGUUACUUAUAUAAAUAAAACCUGGGUAGGAGAAUCUUUUUUUUUUCUUUGAUGGUCCGUUGAGCCAUAGAAAAAGUCAGCCAGUGCCUGAAGCUGAUGGUAGAUGGAGCCUAAGCAAAAACUGGGCAGAGCCACCCUUUUGUGUUAUUAUAAGAGGUUGCAAAAGCACCUACUUCCUAUCAGGUUCAAUACAAAGACAAGAUUUUAACACACUCUUCUAUUGUCUCCAAUAAAAGAAGAAAAUUAUGUUGUUUUUGAAAAAAAGGGGGGAAGCAAUGCUAAUAUAUAGCCCAAGUAAUCAUAGUUUCAUAUCAAAACAGCUGGACAAGUCUGUGGUCUUGGUCAGAAUAAGAAUCUAUGCAAUGAUAAUGGAAAUGGUGUUAGUAAUUACAUUUCCUUCAUAGAAUUUGUCCAGUAACCAUGGUGCAUUACCAUGCCAUUUUGUUUCCACUGCUGUGGCAUUAAUUCUAAGAGGUGAAAUAAAUGUGUGCCUGCUGGUUUUUUAAUUGGCAUACAGUAGAAAUAGAAAAGGUCAGAACUGUUGGGACAACUUCCCCCUACCCUUUCUGUCUCCUCUCUUUAAGAAAUGAGUUGAAAUAACAAAAUAAAUAUGAGCAACGAUUGCAAAAAUAAAAAGAAAUCAGCAUUGGUAGCAAUAUUUGUUAUAAUCUGACCUGAUUCUGACAUUCUUAUGGAACCAUUAUAUCUUUUGUAAAAGAUAAUAACUUUCUAGAAAAGACACCAAAUAAUGUAUGUUUACU